GUGUUGUGAAUUGGGAAACAAUGGGUGACAUCAGUGAGUUGGAAGAUGCGGUGAAGAUGCUGGGAGCUGCACUCAUAGGACGACGCAAAAGCUCGGUCGCCAAAGGGAAAGCGCUCACCGAGGAGGAAAUCAAGGGUUAGUUUUCGGUGCUGAGGUUUAGGUCGUCGAUAUGAAGUGACUUUGUGCGCCUCAAGAGAAAAGAAGCCUCAAGAAACAAAAACUCGUCCGUCGGAAGUCUGAAGAAGUUUCCCAAGUUUUCCACUGUGACUCGUUUGAGGCCGAGUAGAACUCUAUUCCAAAGAAGCAAUACUAUUUCGUGAAGCCCACGUUCCUCAAGCCGCCAGUGACAUCACGGUGCCGGUUUUAUCGAAUACACCCCCAAAAACGAGUUCCGAACGCGAGACUAACGUGGGGCUACAUUAAUUUUGAUAACCGCGAGACAGCUUAUCAAACACGAGCUACGAGCGACGGCGGCCAGGUCCGGCUGAUAAGCGACACGGGUCCCGGCACUCCAUUAGAGAGGUCGCCCCGGGAACCCGAUAUUGGGUGGAGUGGCCCACUUCAGGUGGCUCGAAACCCGAAAUAUCAUUAGCGUGUCGCCGGCAACGGAGCGCGGAAUACGGGAUUCCGGUGGCCGGAUUCCAACGAGUCUCGAUUUCACGGUUCCCCCCCUCCGGUGUGAUGCUGCUGCCGUCGGCAACACACUGACGAAGGUCGUCAACAACGCGGCUGUGGGCCGCGGGUCGUCCCUUCCUCCUCUGCGCUAAUCAGCAAGAUAAGAAACCGCCACCGACGCCGCCAAGAUUUGACGCGGGAAGCAGGUUCAGGCGUCGUCUGCAACUCACCGUCUGCCCCACCGCCGCUUAUCCGUGCCCGACAAGAGGGGAACACCCUGGGGAGUGCGGGGUGCAGUUCCAAGAUAUGAGUAGUUCGCUAACGAUGGGAGCAGCGGGAAGAAAUCCAAAUGCCACCCUGGCGCAGCCAGCGGGAAACACAAGCGCCACAAGCCACUCGGUCGAGUUGUCGUGCGCGGUUCAGUCGUCUCCGUCGCCGUCGUCCUCGGCGUUUGGGCUGCCAGCGCCUGGGGAGACUUCCGGGAAAACGAGACCGGGCACCGCCGUCGACGCCCCGGUCGACAGUAAUUUCCUGACGCCGCAAGCGGCCCGCGAAGGGACGCCGCCCCGGGUGGACGCGCCGAUCGAGCCGGAGCCAUCGAGUGUUAGUGUGAGUGGUACCGGUGCGCAGGCAGCCGGAGACGGAGCGAACGGAAGUGAACCUCGACCGAAGACGAAGGUCAUCCGGCGCAUCAUCAAAGUGCGGCGGGUCGUCAAGAAGAUGAAGAAAAAGGAUGAAAAAUUCUAUCUGCGAACGGCAUUUGACCUGCUGGACCGCGACCAGGAUGGGCACGUGACGCCCGAGGAGCUGCAGUUUAUGCUGCGGAACCUCGGCAUACACGUGCGGGACGAGCUGAUCGACGAUCUGCUGCGGGAAGCCAGCCGGACAGGCAGUGGCUUAAUAGAUGAAACAGAGUUCCUCCAGUGGGUGGCGAGAAUACAGGCCCUAAAAGACGACAGCAACACCAGCAGCAGCAGUAGCAGUAGCAAUAAUCCCGCCCAGUCCGCCGACGACGACCUAACGCAGGACCUGGUGGCAGCAUUUCGGGUAUUCGAUCGCGACGGCAAUGGGUACAUAACGCGUGACGAACUGAAGGCCGCCAUGGACAUGAUCGGCGAAAAUGUGACCGAAUAUCAGCUGAACGAAAUGCUGGAGCUGGCCGACGCCGACAAGGAUGGCCGAAUCAAUUACGAAGAGUUUGCCCGGCUACUCCUGUAAACUUCCGGCGUCCGGCCGGAGGACCCCGCUCUCUGUGUGCGAUGUGACCUCGGCCCUGCUUCUCCGGUUUCCUCCUCGAGCCAACCGUUCGGCACCGCAACCACCUUCUGUCUCUUCCAUUAGCCACCACCACCGACCGGGUUUCGUUCUGGAAGGAGCGAGAUGCUGCCACCAAGGAAUGAUUUCGUAUCGCUACAACCUACAAAUCACAACCGGUUGCAACCAGCCCGUCACAGGCCGAGGACACCAAGCCGGGCAACCGGGUUUAGUUAAUCGAAAGUAGUUGUGUAAGACUUUUUACGAACCUAACGGCGGGGGUAGGGUCACCGGAGACCAGUAGAUUGGAGAGUGUGCAGACAGAUUAUUUAGCGAUAUGAUUUGUGGGAUCCACUUUUGAGUUGAGUUUGAUUGUUGUUGUUACUGGGCGCAAGGACGAGAUGAUCGCUUCACGCGCCGCUCCAUGGCUUAACCUACACACGUUUAUCUCGUUAGCGCAAAGCGCGUUGCGCGCCCAUUAAAAUAUUUACCCUUAAAAGAUUGUCCAAAUGUUACUCAUUACCUAACUAACCGCAUAAUCCGCUGUUUAACUGUUGCAAAACUCUUACCCUCUAAGGAGACACGAAUGAGAACGCAAAUAUUAAGCAACCCAAGGGCGAUGCACGCGUGAAUUGGGCCAUAUUAACCUAGCGUUUAAGUAUUGGACGAAGAAUGGCCGUCGAGGACGGGGGGGGGGCUGAUAGUUGAUAGUGGGCCGUGAGGGUCUCAAAGCUGACCCAAAAUUAAACAAUAAACAAAAAACCAAAACAAACCCAAAAGGUGGGAAAAGCAUCUACGUUUAAACGCUACGAAAGCAGCGGCGGCACGGGCGCUACGGAGAAUGGGCGUGCCGCGGGGCCCGCGCGUUGUCUGUGCGCCUGUGGCCACUGCCGCGUAAUGGCCGAGGGAACUGCUCGGGACGGUUUUCAGUUUGUACGAAAGUAGAGCAUAAAUAUCUAUAUCCAAUAAGCGAUAAGAAAGACCCGGCACAAAACGGCAAGGAGGUGGCACAUUCGAACGUGGCCGAGAUUCGCGGCCACGCACUCGCCAGGACUCGCACCGUGUGUUUUAAGUGUUGUAGGCUACGCUAGACGAGACAGAGAGAGCGAGCGAGGCUUUUGUACUAACCUGACGACGAGCCACUUCCACCAGUUCUUCCUUGAGUUUAGUUUUCACGCACCCAGCUAAAGGAAAACCUUAACAAAACGCUUCGUUCCGUUCCGGCAACACCAAGCACCACUGCAGCAGAAACGCGCUCGAUUUUGUGUGCAAUUACAAAAGCACAGAGCGCUUAGAGUAAUUGUUAUGCCAUUGUUAUACAUUAUUGUUAAACAGUUUACAGCUGCUACGGCCACACACACCACUGACACGAGCACACACAGGGGUGCAAGCAAUAUACAAAGCAAAUGUUGUGGUUGCAGCACAUUUACGGGGACAGAGGGCACCUGGUGUCCGCUGAUGGAAUCCCUCACCGAACGCCGACACAAUAAAUGCGACUGAUUUUUACUACUUUACAUUUGUUACAGGAUGCACACGGGCCCCACGGGGGACGUGUGAAACCCAAUAGAACCAACAAAGGAAAAAUCAAAAUUGUUAAAACGUUUGGCAGGUUCGCCGAAGGGCUGUGUGGAUUUAUCGAUGCCGACUUCCCGAUGGAAUGGAAACUCCAAACAUCGCACCAACCUGCACCCUACAAAAAACAACUCAAAUCCGUUUCCGUAAACUACACAAAAUGUGAAAAGCAAAUUGGCAAAUGAUGAACGGUCUUCAAAGUUAAACACCAAACGAUUGGCUAUCGCGGAGUGCGUCGAACGAGCUUUCCUUUGCGCCAUUCCUUCGUUUUCCUUCCGGUCGCGGAGAGGUGGCAUCCUGGCACAAAACACAACACCCACGCACACCCACCCACACGUGGCAGCCGGCGCGAGAAAGGGAGAGAGAGAAAGUUAGUAAUCGAACGCGAUUAACACAAUAUAUACUCAUAUACAUGAUAUAUCAAGGUACAGAAUUUAGUCGAACAUGACGCCGGGCAGGAUUUAGCUAUUUUUGGAAGCAGUUUUUUACACCUUAAACACCUGCCUGCCGACACCGCUUGGCGGGGAUCAAGGCAUCGGCGGGGCAGGCCAAAGGCGUCGCCCCGUGAGGGUGCAGUAUUGCUAAAACAGCAGAUUAAAAUUUUCAGUAGCCCCACGGAUAGUUCCGAAAUUUGCUGCUUGACCCCAGGUUAUUGUGUGUGGGUGGGUGUGUCUCUCAGUUCCGAGGGCUAUCAGUUUGGCAAGGCAAGCGGAAACGUUUCUUGGUUGUGCUUCUAUUUGACGUCUACUUGCGAACAAUAAUCUACUAGCAUUCGUGUAUGUUUGAGUGUAUAGUUGUUGUAUACAAAAACACCCUUUAUCGUAACCACAUAAAGCCGGGCCGGCACUCUCGAAUAAGGAAUAACCCCGAGUAGCAGCCAUUAUGUCGCUGUCACUACUACGCUAAGACGCAACAGAGUGUUAACCAACGUGGACCACGUACCACGUGCACCAAUUUAGCCACUGUAUUUCCUGUAUCCACAUCUAUCUACACUAGAGGUAUCUAUUUCCCGUAUCGUAGUGUUUUGUGGCCCAGUGGAUAGAACGAUUAGAAAGCUCCACACAUUUCGCUAAGACAGCCGUAACUCUACUUGAUGUGCUUGCAGCAGCUUAAAUAUUCGUGUUCGUCUGACCCGUUUGGGGGCAAACAACCAGCAACGUUAGUUGCCGGACGGUUAAGAUCGUUGCAAUGUUGGGAAGCAUAUCGGUUUUGUAAAUAUAUCCCCUUUAGAGUCGCAUUCGAGUCAAUUUUUGUUACCACUGAUGGUUUGGUUGUGCUUCGGUCCUUUUCGUUGCCGCUUGACCCUAGAACGUUUAGAAAUGGCACUCUGAUUGAUACUCUUGUCCCUUUAUCCAACUUCCAAUCAAACUAACACUUCUCUAAUAUCGAUACUAAAUCCAUAAGCAAAACCAUACUAAUAUUGAAGCUACGCUUAGCUAAACAAAAAUGUUACACAUUACCCAUCUGGCCGCGUACGUCGGAGGCGAACCGAACUCUUUCGUUCGUUCCAACCUCGAUUUCAGUCCAUGCCAAACGCGUACACUCAGCAUUACAGACAAGCAAAGCAAAGUAAUACAAGAAAGAGAACUAUAUAUUCAUAUUGUGGCCUUUUAAUUGAAAAGAAGAACGUGAAAACGGACAAGCGUGGAACCGGAGCCGUGUGUGCGAACCGUGAACACCUGAAAACCGGCCACCGGGAAUCACGCGCGGAAGUGGCUCACGGAAUCUAUUGUGUGGCUGCCGGGCGAGGUUUUAACAGUGUUGCGUUUAGGAUUACGUUUGGCUUUUUGCUUCAAAUUUACAAGCGAUCGCGAGUUUUAUGUAGCAAAUGGCGCAUUUUAUUACAUCAUAUCAAGGCUGGGAACGGAGCGCCAACCGUUUGCGUUGCAUCGCAAACUGACCGCAUGAUGGUGACGAUGAGGAUACAAUAAAUAACAGAACGUGUGUACUGAUUUUAAAUGCAUAGUAAACAAUAUUUUACAUACGUUGGGAGUGAGGCGUUCCUGAGUUUACAGAGGAAAGCGCUAGCGAAUGGAAUGAGAACGGGAGUAAAAGACAGUUUGGAGAUUUCCAAAGCAAAGUAAGGUUGAUCCCAUUAACAUCCCAACCGAUUUCGGAGACAGUCAAAAGUUGCAACAACAGCAGCAAAAAGCACGUUAACAGUUUCGGUUUCCCGUACACUUGAAUGAGCAAUACAUUGCAGGAUUUAGUUUUAAUUUUUUUCAGUCCACCUUUUCGGUGCCCAUUCUCUUUGAGCAGAGUUAAAACCUUUCAAUAAAAAUUCAUCAAACACCACGGGCUGGGGCAGUUGGGAACAGUGCGGAUGAGCUAGGCCCGCCUAGUAUCGUACGAAAGGACAGCGAAUUGAA